AUUCCCACUUUGCCGGGAAAAAACAAAAACAUUUGGAGCAGUCGAUGUGAAUGUGUGUUGUAAACAAUUGAUAGAAUGGCUAGAAUUGUCAAUUUCUUCAAGACUAUCAGGAACAACUGGAAAAAAUCACUCUUUGGGGCGGCUGUUGUCUCUUAUGGAGCCUCUUAUGGACUUGAUGUUUAUCAAACAAAUUUGUUGAUGAGAGCCUACUGCAAGGAGGCUGCGAAAUAUGGAGAAGAGCCACUACCUGCUACACGUAACCCUAGACACAUUACGGUGAUCUUGAACCCAAUAGCUAAAAAAAGAAAAGCAAAAAAAUUAUUCGAAAAAUACUGCGAACCCCUGUUGCAUCUGGCUGGCAUCGCUGUCACAAUUGUUCAGACUGAACAAGAAGGUCAUGCUCGUUCUCUAAUAGAAAACAUGAACACUCCAACUGAUGCAAUAUUGGUGGCAGGUGGAGACGGAACUCUUCUGGAUGUGGUGACAGGUCUCCUGAGAAAGUACGAGGGUAACAAGGGAUAUGCCAAGCAGUGUCCCAUUGGAAUUCUACCCCUGGGGGAGACCAACAGAAUAGCUGAUGCUAUGUUCCUCGGAGGAUAUGAGGAUCAUCUUCUUAUUCAUGAGAUGGCUGAUGCCACCAUGGCUGCUGUCAGGGGAGGAACGAGGAUGACUGACGUUUUGAAAGUUGAACCACUAAAUAAUGAUCCUGAGAAUCCAAUAAGACCAAUUUACGCUGUGGGAGCUGUGGAAUGGGGCGCUUGGAGGGAUGCUCAUGCGCGAAAGGAUAAAUAUUGGUAUUGGGGAACUCUCCGGAGAUAUAUGACGUACAUCUUCAAUGGCAUGAAGAAGGACGUAAACUGGGAGAUAAAUGGAACGCUCCGUUACUCCGAACCCUGCAGUGGUUGCUCAACAUGUUACGACGACAAUCAGACACCCGAGAGCACCGAAAAAAGGUGGUGGCAUGUAUUCAUUCCACGAAGAACAGCCUAUGCCCAGACUGAAAUUGAUUAUCGAAGUGUUAAGAAUGAUAAGUGUGGGCAGUACAAUGAAAUACCCAUAAGUGCAACAGAACUCAGUUUAAUAACUAGUAACGUUAAGAAUCCGGUCAAGGAAGGCCCGCCGUCUGUUAAAUUACAUUUAGGUCCGGAAUACGUUAGUUACACAGAUUUCGUAGCCGAAGGUUGGAGAAGAAUAAAAGGAGAAAAAACGCUUAUAAAUAAAACUGUAGAGGCCAAAGAUAUCGAACUCUUGCCGAAUACUGCAGACGAUUCCGUAAGUAAAAAUGCCGUAAUUUCAAUCCAUUCAAUUUCUGUUAUCGAGAAGACAAGAAUUAUUAAAAUGUCUCGGUUCUACAUAAUCUCUAAUCCACGAUCUCAUUCUGACAUUGACCUCACCUUCACUUCUUUCCAACAAUUGUCAUUUUUUAUUAAUAAAAAUUGUAACAUUAUUUGUUUCAGAAUGAUAAGCAACAAUAUUUUUCAAUAGACAAUGAAGAAUUUGAAAUGAAACCGGUUAAGAUAAAGCUAUUGUCUAACGCUGUAAAAAUGUUCUCCCAGUAAUUACAGUAUUUAUACAAACUUCAUGAUGUUAUUUAUGAUUUUUUACAAUAUUUUUAACUAUUGAGUGGGUACCAUAAACAGUCUAAAUCGCAUAUCCUACUUCGAAAUUUGCAUUACUAUUUAAUAUUCGUAACGAGGAUCUUGGUUACAAGUACCAAGAAGUCUUCUAUUUGAUUGAAAGUAUGCAUUUUGGCAUCUCACUAUCGUACCAGCCGCACUUUUCAGUAGCAUGACAAUUAAAGUGAUGAUUGAUUGAUUAUUCGUAUGUACGGGGUCGCGUGGAAAUAUUGAAUGGAAAAAAUGCUUGAAAUCGAAGCUAAAGAAGAAUUCCAUUAAAUUUUUCCGCACGCGGAUGAACACGACCUCAAUGAUUUACGUACAUAAGUAUUGCAGGCACAUUCCAACGAUUGCCAGUGGUAAUAAACUACCACAAAAAAACUCGAAUAACUUGACAAGUAAUUAACUGAUUAACAAUGUUAUACCAUUUCAUCUACAAUUUUCCAACACUCGUGAUAAAUCACAAAUUACUUAGAUAAUAUAUUAUGUAUCAUUGUCUCAUAUUUCACGCAAGUCUUGCCAAUUGGAUCCACCAAGCUCCAAAAACUGCCUCCUCCUCUCCAAUUUUCCAAUAAUUACAGUAUAGUCGUCCCCUAAUACUCUAACCGGGCACUGGAAAUAUUCUUUCCCAUCAUCAACCCCCUGAGGCACUUGUUUAUCACGUUUUUCCCCGUGCCCCCACCCCGAGCUCCACCCGAAGAACACAGGUGCCUCAAACUGCUAUUUACAAAUUUUUUAAAUCAAGAAAAAUAGAAAGACUGUUCAAUCCGAGAGUGAGGAUUCCUUCGAGAGUGUCUCCUCCUAGAAUUAAAAAAAUAUAAUUGACUCUUUCGUUUUCUCCUCCCACGAGCCAUCAAUCAUCCCUCAGUCGUAGCAGUCCCAUUGCUCUCAUUUUUUGCGAUCAAUCUCUGAUUGUCCUCAGCCCUCCUUCUCCCCCGCACGCAGACAAUUCCCCCAAUGAUGAGAAGAAGCACUCCGAGGCCAGCAAUUCCGUAGAAUGUGACGUUCCCAAGAGUUGGCAGAAUGAGAACAAAUUUCAAUUGAGAACCCAGGUCCGAGGAGAGAUCAGCCUCCUGUCGGAACCACAGCAUGGGAAUGAAGACUUUUGGCACAUUUUCGAAGAGACCGAUGUACUGAAUAGGCUGAAUCAGUAGAUUCAACUGCAGACGAGCCCUGACCUGCAGGGGAAUCCCCAUAUCCGGCUGCACAACAAUCGAAAAAUUAUGGGAUCCAUCGUGCGCUGGUCUGAGUCCAUCGAUUGCAUUGAGAUAACUCUCAUCGGCCAAGUGGAAGUGGGGAAGACUGACGAAUGCUGGAGCUCCAAAUUUGCAUGUUGACACAUUCAAUGUCCCCGAGGGCUGGCACUCAACGUCUUUGCAGUAGCAAGCUCUUGACUCGACUCUACUCCCAUUGUCAAAGGUCUCACGAGUUGCCAGGAACUGUUUGCCCUCCAAUCCGUUGAUACUCAUGAGUCCAUUCUCGUGCAGUGGAACUAGGGUGCAGACGUCUGGGGCGAAUACGGAUACUUUCUCGUAGUACCUUACGGGGGGCCAGAGGUCACCCAGGGAGCCGUUUAUGUGUCCACAUGUGCCAGGGUAUAUAGUCGAUUUUUUACUGUAAUU